AUGCAGGCUCCAGGCCACUCUACAACUACCGAGAUACCCCCUCUCCAAGCACACAUCGACACUCUCCAUUCCCUUCCCCUCGAAGAGAUCAUCCAAGCCCUGCAUUCUCUGCUUCCACAUCUGACUCCUUCCAUAACACCAACAGGCACCCGCCUCGUCCACUCACACCCAAAAUACCCAGGGGAAGCGAAACUCGAUGACCUGGGCAACCUCUACCUCUCCAGCGGAACCAAAUGCACACGAGAGCGCGCCUCCUUCAAGACUCGGCUUCUUCACAUUGCUCUAGACGGAAUCAUCGAGGAGCUCUACAUCGCAAGCGAGGAGCAGCGCGGAGCUGGCUUGAAGGAUGGCAGUGUGAAGAUUCCACCGUUGGGCCCCGACGAUGACCGGGGGUGUGCGUGCUGUCGAGGAGACCCGGAUGCCGUGAUCCUAUCUUGCUUCCAUGAGGAAAAUGCGCUGUACUUCUGGGAGGAGGACUAUAAAGCUACCUGGGGAGAUGAGCCGAAUGUUGGCGAGAUGUAUGGAUCAGAUUUCACUUGGUUGAAGGCUUCGAAGGAUCAGGUGGAGAAGGAGGCGGCGAAGCAGGAGGAAAUCGCAAGUAAGCUUUAG